UUACUUUUGUUACUGUUUUGCGACAUUUCUUUUUGGGAUUUUACCCGGGAAGAACAUAUAUAAGUGGAUCAUUUCUUUGUUAUUAAUAAAAUUCAGUAAUAUUUAUUUUUAUUAAAAUGCCCCCUGCGAAUAACUCAUCUAAUGAAGUGAAUCAGUAUGAAUUAUCAUCUAGAUUAUUAUCGUUGAUGGAAAACACAUCGUAUACUCUUACACAAAUAAAUGGCCAAAGGAUUUUUAGGAAGGCUCCUCAUGCAUGGAGUGGACCGGAGCCCUUAAGGAAUUGCGAGGUAUUCAUUGGACGAAUUCCGCAUGACUGCUUCGAGGAUACCUUGGUGCCAAUUUUCCAGCAGGCUGGCGAAUUAUUCGAGUUUCGGCUAAUGAUAAAUUUUUCGGGCUGGAACAGGGGGUAUGCAUUCGCGAUGUACACGACGGAGAGCGAGGCAAAAAAUGCCAUACGGAUUUUCAACAACUAUAUGAUUAGACCGUGCUGGCAACUAGGCGUGUGUCCAUCAAUCAACAAUUGUCGUUUAUUCAUAUCGCGUAUCCCGCACACCACACCCUCUGCGGAGAUCGUUCGCCUCUUAUACGCGCUGACUGACGAAGUGCAAGAGGUCCGCAUACGCCGGUCCAUAACUUCAUGCGCCGCGAUCGUGGAGUACAAGUCGCACCGCGGCGCUGCGAUGGCCAGAAAGGCGCUGGUGGCAGUCGCUGCAGCCGCUUGGGGCUGCGGUGCUAGACCGGCGGUGGACUGGUCGUUGCCGCAGUCCAGACAGCUGCUCAGACAGUACCGGGAGGUUGGUCACUGGACCGCAGAACAUGGUGUAGAGUUGGUUCGCGUUUCUGAAGAUGGUGGUGGUUGUUUACCGCCGGUAGCCGCCGCGGCCCCCACCUACACGCUGGAGCCGUGGUCGCAGGCGCGGCGACUGCGCAUGAUACAAGAGGCACAGCGCAACGCCGCCGCUACUACAGAGUGGUCCAAUCGCAUCCCCGAUAGUGGUGAGUCCCUCGCGUCGUCAAUGGCCUCGCUUAACCUGGGCAUGGGACUGGGUCUGGGAGCAGCUGAACGCUCUGUGUGGGCCCCGCCGGCCGAGCAACCCAUGCAGACAAUGCAGGCCGUGCAGCCAGCGCAGUCCAUGCAGCCGACGCCGACGUCGCCUCAGCAACUGUAUCCCAACCAGGGCUCAGCCGUGCCUGAAUUCAACCCGUGGACCACCCCUCACCCGCUCUACCAGUUAUUCACCCCGAAGAAGCAUGAGUGAGUGACUCGCCCCCGCUGGAUUAUUACGCAAUACCUAUUAUCCUAUAUAUUAGAGAUUAUAUGAAUGAAUUGUUGAUCAAAUCGAUUACACAGUCAUAUGGUAAUUAAGGCCCGACGCAGGCAAUAUCAAGUAUCUGUGGAUAUAAAUUUAUAUGAAAAUAUAUUUUGAAAUCCUAAAGAAAAUUUUCAAAUCGUAUAUUUUUUUUAAUACAUUUUUACAUAUAAGAUUUGUGCUUGUUGCAUGUUAGCUAGCUAUGUGUUUUAUAUCUGACAAAAUCUUAUUAUAUUUUACUGUUAUUAUAUGUAAUUUUAAAUAGUUUACCAUGUAUGAAUUUCCAUACAAGACUGUAUUGUUAUGAUAUGGGAUAAAAAAAUAUACGAAAAAAACUAUGCUGGCCUUAGACCUAAUUUCUCCAUUCGUAGAAAUAUAAACAUAAUAUCUAAUAUAUAAUUUAAUCGGUUCUAUGAUUGAUUACAAAAUUAAGAUGAAUAAAAAGGUUUGCGUAAUUAUCCAGACUUUAUUUAUUGUUCGCAUUUCAUGUUUGUUCUAUUGAUUUAUUGCACGAUUUAAUUAAAAAAUGCAUGUGGUGUCGUAUGUACGGCGCUAGCUAAUAUGGUUCUGGAGUGUAAGGGAACUUGCAUUGCAUAUUAUUAUGUCAAUGCUUAUAAAUUGUCUUGCACACAUUUUCUUGACUGGCUUAGUGGUUGCUUAAUCUGUGUUUUAUUGACGGUAUUUAUUGCCUGGGUUUUAUAUUUUUGGUAUAACAAAAGUAUGUAUUUACUAAAUAUGUAUUUUUGUUACAAUUUAUAUGUAUUUUUACAUGUAUCUCACUUAAUAUUGCUUGUCUAUUAUUCCGAAUCAAAUUGAUUUUAUUAACAUUUUAAAAUUCAGAAAGCAACUUCAUCAACUUUGUAUUUAAUCAGAUUUCCAAUAUUGCAUAAUUGCUGUUAUUCUCAAAACGAAAAUUUUUGUUAUAUAUUUUAUUUAUUAAUAUUUUCUCUUGCACUCCAAAGAAUA